UUUGACGCUUGUCACACAGCAGGACACAGCAGUACACUGCCAUUACACCCUUAUAAAACCUCGAUCGUCACUCACUGGCAAACCAUAUACCCACCACAUGUGGAACUGGCUCACCCACUGGCAGUCGAAUCCGGCGCAUGCGCAACGCAUGUUCGUUGAUCUUAUAUUUGCUUCAACCGGAAAGUAUCCCAACUGGGACCCACCCUCGGAGAUUCCAGUUGGGUCGUACGGAAGGAUCGACAAAGACACGGGAAAUCUGAUCCCCGAAGGUUCCAUAUACUCAGAUGAUUUCAAAGAACGUCUCAUCGCUGCAGGUAUCAACCCCGAUUCUAACGAGCAUCAACCCAAAGACUGUCCGGAAGAGUCUGAGUUCACAGCUUGGUCGAAAAAUGUCAAGAGACUCGAAUUGAACGUUGAAUCUCAUGCAGAUGUGUCUGGGAUUGCCACAGCUAGUAUCAAAGGAACAUGGCAGAUCAAGAAAGGAACUACGGGCGCUGUCUUGCUCAUGGAUAAGCCUCGUAUAAAGCACAUCACUCCAGCCAUCCUCGGGAAGCUCGCGAGCAUCGAGCUCCUGAAGAACGUGCAUCUCGUUGUCAAGGUCUUUUAUUGUCCCGCCUACUCCUUGUACCUCUCAGAUAAAAGCGGAGAAAAUAUCAGCAUUGCUCUUCUAGCUUCCGCCCCCAUUGUGGCGCCUGUGAGCACCGUUGGUGCGACGGCUUCGAUGAGAUGGUGGAAUGACAGACAAGCUGGAUUAUCACGCAAUGGAUGCAAGACGGAGCAUUGCUUCACUCCCUUGUAUGAUCUUCGUCAAUUUAGGCCCCCCCGAAACAGGCGGGCCUCACCAUCCCCCGAACGCACAGGCGAACAAUUAUGGGUUACCCCUCCCCUCCCGUGGGCGCCUCUCGAUGAGGAUGGCCAAGAGGUGCCGGUAUAUAUCAACGAUACGGAUUCAAGCGACUCUGAGCAAGAAGAAGGUCGCCAAGAACACACCCCCAGCGGAGAACCAUUGGCGGCAAAACCCGGAUACUAACUCGCCUUCCAAGGAUUAACAUGUUUGUGCUGGGAUUCAUGACGAGCUUGCAUCUUAUUUGCAAGACAUAAUGACUCUCAUACAGACUGUACAGUCUGUACUGAAUACCUCGGAAUACUCACAAUAUCACUAGCCUUUACUAUAUACAUAUGUACUCUAACCUGUGCCACUAUUAUGAAGUUCACCUACCUAUACCUUGAAGAAAGCGGUCUGACGAAUCUAGAUAGCGCGCUGUGCAUGCACUAGUGUGGAUAUGGAUGAUUUGCGUACUUAUGUGAAGGCUAUUGUGAACAAAUACGAUCCAUAAAAU